AUGGGUGGCCAACAAAAGAAGAUUAUGGGUUUCAAAGCUUCUCAUAAGCCUGUAGGGUUUGACCUUAUGCAGAACUGCGAUCUUCCUCCACCUUCCAAGGUUUUUCUAGGUUCUGAUAAAACUGUCAUAUUAUCUAUGAAUAAGGUCUGUAAUAUUUCAGGCAGAGAAAAAGAGCGAGAUAGCAAACACGAUGGUGCUUACCAGCUCGAAAAUGGUGAUGAGGAAAAGGAUAAAGGGGAGCUUCUUAAGGCGUUGAAAGCAUCUCAAACACGCGCUAGAGAAGCAGAAAAGAUGGCUGCUAUUCUAAACAAAGAGAAGGAUGGUCUCUCUGUUGCUUUGUUGGAAGAGGCCAUGCAGUUGUUUGCUUGUCGCCAAAGCGUGAGAUUGCUUGAGCUUCAAGUUUUGAAGCUGCAGCAAAAGCCAGCAAUGUUGGUGCCUGCAGAGGAGGCUGUAGGAUUACCCCAUGAAGAAACAGUUAGUGUCUCAUGGGUUCUGGCUAUAAUUUUUUCAUUGGGAAUUGGGGUUUCCACUGCCCUUGCUUGGGGUUACUAG